AUGCAAGUCGGAAAAAAUCUUUAUGACUUCCUGGAAGAAGCGAGCCAUGGCACUUUCGGUGAGUACUUUUGGAUCGACGCGCUUUGUAUCAAUCAAAACGAUGAUGUCGAGAAGAGUCUGCAGGUACAGCGGAUGGGAGACAUCUACAAGAACGCCAAAGAGGUCCUCGUGUGGCUUGGUGAUGGCAAAGAGAAUCGUAUCCCACACCUUUUCCAGCAGAUAGAGCGUGCAGUUUCCGCCUCAGAAAAGACUCGCUAUGUGAAGAGGAAAGGCCUCCUGGGUGUUGGGCCGACUGGUUUGAGAAGCUUUGGAGUGCUUCCCUACUCUAAGCGAAUGGAGCUGUGGUUUGACAAGGAUGGGAUUGAGAGUAGGAUAACCAAUUGGAAAGACGCUCGACGGUAUGCUGGUCUAUGUCGAAGCGACAUUAAGUCCAACGACGAUAAAAACAAGGACGACGGGAUUAUGGACUCGUGGAAGUUGAAACCGCAUUUCACCCUCAAGAUGACUCACGAUUACCCGAUCGCAUGCGUGGAUUUCAUGGAAUCGCAAGGAAAAGAGGCUAUUAAGAAGAGUCUCCAGAGUCUUGAAGUUGGUCUUAGGAAAUAUGGCGAUGACGGCAUCCGCGGGAUGUUGUCGGCCACAGCGGACUUCGGCACAACCUCGUAG